AUGCCUUACAAAUACGGAGGCCCACGAAGUAAAGGGUGCCAUGCGUGCAGGGUUCGCAAAGUCAAGGUAGGCUAUGGCUGGCAUUCUCGCGCCCAUUUGCUCAUCAGAUGUCAAACAAAGUGCGACGAAGCUCGGCCAACUUGUGGGCGCUGCCUUCGGUCAGGCAAGAACUGCGAGUUUCGAGAAGCCUUCGAUCUUCUCCACUACGAUGAGACCGCACAUGCCUCUCAUCGAGCUCACGAACUAUGGCAGAAACGCUCAACCAAGUCAGACGAGAGCGAUACAUCCAGUCUUAGCACCACAACUACCCCUGCAGCCAUACCAUCCGAUCUGACACCGGUUCUGCGCCAACCCUUGUACGACUUGGCAAUGCAACGGUUUUUCUUCGACUACGUCUUCCAGAUGAAUACUCCUUUGGGGAGAGGAGGAUAUCUAGAAUACCUUCCGGACGUCUAUCCCGGGUUCAUCGACCAGCCUUUCUUCCUCUCCGCGUUCAAAGCUACUGCUUUGGCAAACUUUGCAAGGCGAUGCAACUCGAGAACUGCAUCCGAUGCAGCUCUGGCCGAGUACGGCAAAGCAAUAUGUCUGACAAACGCCGCUUUGAAGGAUGCCACCCUGGUCCUCAAAGACGAGACGCUCCUAGCUUGCCAACUAUUGGGAUUCUGCGAGAUCUACCUAUCCCCUGAAACGGCGUUCCGUAGCUGGUUCGCCCAUACAAAAGGAGCGGCGGCGCUUCUCGAACAUCGAGGGCUUGGUAUUCUCCAGACACCCCUAGGACCGACACUUUUCAGAGCAGUCCACACUCAAGAGGUUCUCUACAAAUGCUUGCGGUUCUGUCUGCGACCUACAGGUAAUCCACCAUUCGUGAAGCAAGUGUACGGCUCGGUGUCGGCUCAAAUACACCUGUUGGCUGCUGAUGUCGCCACUCUGUGCGCAGAUUACGUCGAGCAAAAGAGCACCCUGUCGGGCGAUGAGUAUGAUGCUUUUGCGACACAGCUCUUAGAGAGAGCUCAUGUCCUGGACCUUCGAUGGCAGCGACUCACAUCAGAUAUUCCAUGGAGCUUCAGCUACGACCGGAUCCCAACGAGGCAAUAUGGGUUGCUGCCGCAUUGGAUCUCGCCUUUGAUCCGGGACAAGCGAGCCCCUAUCUUCGUGCACGUCUACUCGGGAUUCGGACAGUGCUUUCUGUGGAAUGUGCUGCGGUACGCUCGAGUCCGACUGCAUGAGCUGCGAAUGAUCCUCGCGGGGGCCAUGACGCUGUCCGGAGCGGCGUCCGAGUCCAUCGAGGUGCUGUUGCAGCUUGAAGACGAGCUCAGCUCGACCGUGCCCGCCUUGUUGAUUGCUACCACAGAGGAGGACUACUCCGGUAAACGAUCAAAUGGAGAAGGCAUCCCAAGUUUCCGGUCCUUCUUGAUGAUCCGCUCGCUGAUGGCGGCCCGCAUGACGCUGGUGUUUCUGGCCCGACGAGGCCUCUAUGUCGAGGAGAGACUGGCCUGGCUCACUGACCUGUUUGCUUGCCUCCAUGAGCAUCUCACUAUUUUCGUUCCUCCGGAGUUUGACCCGCUGGAUGGGGACUGA